GUCAAGCCGGAUGUAUGUGUAUACGCCGACAGAACAUCUCGUGGCUGCGAUAUUUCCAAAUUCGAAUUGAACAUUGAAUUCAAAUGGAAUGAUGCACACAACACAUUCAGCAAACAUUCUGGGAUUGAUAAGCCCAUUGUCUCUCAGACCGACAAGGGCUUUGACACAACGAGCUAUGCUGGCGCUCAGCUCGGUGCUCAAUAUCGCACUCACGCAUUCUCUGUAUUGAUCAUCUGUAAUUGCGCUCGCAUUCUCAGAUGGGAUAGGGAGGGAGUUAUCAUUACAGGCUCCUUCGAUUACAACGACAAGCCAUACUUAGCUGACUUUUUUUAUCGUUACGCACAAGCAUCGCCUGAAAUGCGUGGUGUCAAUACAUCUGUGAUGCCUGCCAGCGCCGAGGAUGCUGACCUUGCAAGGACGGUGUUAGGCCUUCCAACUACCACACGCAUGUUCAAAGUUGCAGUCCCUGAGGAUCCUGACGUCAAGGACUCUAGCCAGCUGACGUUGAUUAUCCCCCAGCCUGUUGCCAGAGGUUUUCCGCCUGUUGGCCGUUGGACUCACACGUGCCCUGCAUUUGACAUCCUCAAUAAGAAGAUCGUGAUGUUCAAAGACUCUUGGCGGUGUCGAUAA